AUGUAUCGCCGGCGUCCUCGCGACGGUAAAACGUAUAAUUUGCACCCGACGGCUCAAGCCAGAAACUUGUCGCACCGCCCUCGCUCGCGGGGAAGAAGCCGCGCUGGCCCGCCCUCGCGCCGGGGUCCUGCACAAGCACGGACGGCCGCCACGACCACCGCAACCCGCCAUCGCGGGCAAAUGCCGUUGCUGCGGCCCGGAUGCCCACAGCAGGCACGCAAAGAACCUCGCACGGAAGCUUUCCCCGCUGGACCCUGCCCCGCCACGAUCCGGCGCCCGGCAGGCUUUCCGGUGUGCGGAGGGCGUUGCGGCCGCCGCGCUCGUGUCCUGGCGCCAAUGGCUAACGCCCGUGGCGUCACGCGCCCCCAGACGCUGUGGAAAGCCAACCUCCUCUGGCAAGCCGAAAAAGCCAGGAACCCCAUUCGGGCCGCCUCCAGCCACCUUGGCGGGGACGAGAGCGAGAGACGGCACAACGAUCGCGCCUCCGCCAUGGGCCGCACAGCCCAGGCCGAAGCCAUUCCCUGCAUUCUCCGCUUGGCGCCGUGCGAACAGGAAAACGGACUCGGUUUUCAUCAUCACCACCUCCGCAAUCAGGGCUGUCCCCCGACAAGUGGGAGGCGUCCCCGUGAAUAUGACGAUCUGGCUGCGACCACCCCGUUCCAAAUGCAUUUCCUGUGGACCCAGGGGCCAAACGAAAGCGGGACUACUACCCCAAAUGAGGGCCCACGAACGUCCCAAAGCAGAGCCGCAGCAGGCGCCAAAGAUCGCAGCACUCCUUCAGCGCCCUUCCCGCGACAAACAGGCGGGGAACACCGGGGGAUUGGCCACACACACGCACGGCACAAGCAUCUCGAUAGCAAGAAGGGCACGACGCCAAAAAUGGAGAUAAAAUACCCAUGCGCUGCGAAGCUGGAAGCUCGGCGGGAAGAAGAACAAACUCACACAGAGAAUUCGCCUCCGCGUUGGAGAGUGCCGCCGAGGCAAAGCGCACCGUGUGCCCAAAAAGGCGCGCACGCAUCCAUUCAUUACCGCCACACCGUCGCCGAUUUCACGAUGGCAGAGUGUCAGGCCGCCGAGAAGGCACAACCCACCCGGCGACGACGCCCCGACGCGAUCACCAUCGGUGGGAUUUUGCCGUCCAACAUGCGGUUUUCAGUGUUAAAGCCAUGA